GACAGUUGAAUCACAGACGUGCAAAGAUGAAGUUCGUUGUACAUCAAAGUUUGGAUUAAAUAUCUCAAGUUUUAUGAAAAAUACUACUUAUUUUUGACGUUUGGUUUGUAUAGAUUUUUAUAGUUAUAGAAGGAAAAAUGUCGGAUAAUAUUAAAGUAGCAAUUAAGGUGAGACCUUUGGUCGAACGUGAAGUAGACGAAUAUCAAACAUUACAAUGGAACGUGUGUGGAAACACAAUAACGCCAAUAGACGACUCAAAACGAAGAGGCGAAGGAGGUUUUCAAUUUGAUCAUAUAUUUGAUAUGGAAGCAAAGAAUGAGGUGAUAUUUAAUACUGUCGUAAAGCCGAUAAUAAAUUCGGCUGUCGAUGGUUUUAAUGGUACAGUUUUUGCCUAUGGACAAACAGGUUCGGGAAAAACUCACACAAUGAUGGGCUCGAUAAAUGAACCCGGAAUAAUUCCACUUGCUAUCCAACACAUGUUCGAUACAAUUGAAAAAACAAUGAACCGGGAAUUUUUAAUAAGAUUUUCUUAUUUUGAAAUAUACAAUGAAAAAAUAAAUGAUCUUUUGAACAUUGAAAAUACGGAUUUAAAAAUAAAAGAUGAGAAUGGUCGAAUUUUCGUUCACAAUUGCUCGGAGAGAGUGACAAAUGGAACGAAAAAAAUGUUAGAUGGAAUGAAAUGGGGUGAAAAAAAUCGAAGUAUCGGAGUUACGAAUAUGAACGAUCGGAGUAGUAGGAGUCAUACGAUUUUUAAAAUUACAAUUGAGAGUCGGGAAACGACAAGCGAUUCAGAUGGUGCAAUUCAAAUUUCCCAAUUGAAUUUGGUUGAUUUGGCGGGUUCUGAACGAGCCUCACAGACAGGUUCAACUGGCGAACGUUUUAAAGAAGGAACGCACAUUAAUACAUCACUUUUGUGUCUUGGCAAUGUAAUAAAACAAUUGAGUGAAUGCCAAGACAAGCCGACUUUUAUAAAUUUUCGCGAUAGUAAAUUAACGCGAAUUUUACAAGCAUCGUUGGGUGGAAAUUCACUGACAGCAAUUAUUUGUACAGUUACGCCAGCAAGUUUUGGCGAAACCUAUUGCACACUCUCGUUCGCAUCAAGAGCAAAGAGCGUUAAGAACAAACCGAAACUCAAUGAAGAUCUCAGUGAUGAAGCACUCUUGAAACGAUAUCGAAAGCAAAUUAUGGAACUUUCAAAAGAAUUGAAGAAAGCGAAUCAGACAAUUGAAAAUACUAAAAAUAAUACUGGACUGGCUGACAGAAUGGAAUUAUUGAAAGAAUAUAUUGUCAGUGGUAAUAAAAAAACAUGCGUGAGAAGACGUUCAUGUCCGGUGAAAUUUGGUUUUGAAAAUGCAUUUCCUUCUCUUCAGCCGAUAAUUGAAGAUCCUUGUCAUGAAACGCCGAAGCAGGAUAAAAUUAAAAAAUUCAAACGAAGACAAAGUAUCAUGCAGAGUGCAAAUUCUGUGAAAGAAACAAAAGCUGCGCUCGCUGACUUUGAAAUUAAUCUCCUUAAAUCCGAUUUUGAACCCGAAGAAGAAUUGACAAUGGAAAUUGAACCUCAAGAUUUUGUUAUUCCACGAAGACAAACUAGACCCCGAGUUCAAUUUAAUGAUGUUGAUGAUGUUCUAAUAAUUGACACGAAUUUCAUUUCGCCCGAUAAAUCUACAGAGAAAAGAUGCAAUUGUUCAAUGUCAGCGUCGCCUGGUACGCCAAAAAGUGUUUUGCGUGAAAGAUAUAAGGCUCUAGCUGUAGAGCACAAAGAACUCGCGGAGAAUACAACUUUGGAGAGACAAUUGGACAAAGAAAAUUAUGAAACGUUACGAAAUCUUAAAAAAUCAUUGGACGACACAAAUAUCUUAUAUUCGGAUGUAAAUAAAAAAUACUCCGAUCUACAGACGGAACAUUCACUUCUCUUGGAGGAAUCUUCCAUAUUAAGGAAGCAAGUCGAGUCCCUUUCUCCACUUCAGGAACGACUUGGAAAAAUAGAAAUCGAAAGUAAAGAACUGCAUAAUAAACUGAAUGUAGCGUUGAAAGCACAAAAAUUCGCUGAGGAUGAAAAUGUAUCCAUCGCUUAUCAACUCGAUUCAAUGUCAGCUAAAUUCAAGAAACGAGAAAAAGAACUCGAAUUAUCGUUACAGAACGCGUGGAAAUCAACUGACAAGACUGAAAUGGAAAAAACGACAACGGAAAUUCUUCGACUGGAAAAUUUGGUUAAAACGCUCAACGAAGAAAUUGAACAGUUAAAAAUACAAAAGCCACGAAUCAACGAAUCCGAUCCAAUAAUUAUUGAAAUGAACAAUCUAAAGGAAAAACUCGAGGAAACAAAUCGUCUACUUAAGGAAUCUGAUUUCGAAAAAACAUCACUCAUUGAACGUUUAGAUUGUCUAUCGCAAAAAAUACAAAUGAAAACAAAAAUCGACGAAUACGAGAAUUUAUUGCAAAAUUUGGAGGAGGAUAAAAUUCAUACUCUCAAUCGUUUUGAGGAAUUAGCCAAAGAACUCGAGCAACAUGAAUCUGGUCUUGAAAUGACAACAUUACAAAAAGCUGUUAAUAAUUUGAGUUCACAUCUCACGGAAUAUGAGCGUGAAAAUGUUCACGUACGAAGGAAAUUUUCCAUUUUUCUCGCAUACAUUGAAUUUGUUUGUCAAGAAGCCUGCGACAAUAAAUUUCCCAACGAUGAACUUGUCGAUAUUUCAACGAAUUUCGAAAAUUGGCGAAAAAGUAUUUCCUACGAUGAUAAGGAGAAAAGUGAUAUUAUUUUUGAAUUAAAGCAAUUCCGUGAAAGUCUUAUUAGACGAUCAAAGAGCUCGGAAUUUUGUGAGAAGGAAACAAUUAUGAAAAUUGAUAAAGAAACAUCAAUCGACGAGGAAAUUGUGCAAAAUGAAAAGAAAAUAAUUUCCGAAUUAAAUGAAAAAUUCAACGAAGAGAAAGUAAAGUUAAACAAUGAACUCGUGGAACUAAAGGAAAAAUUAUUAAAAAGUGACGAGAAAUUAAAUGAAUAUGAUAAUCUUCUUUUAAAAUUAAAAGACAAUGAAACAAAAAUUGACAAACUCGAAGAUGAAAAUUCAAAAAUGGUGUCAAAUAGCAAGGAAAAUUCCUGUGUUUAUGAAAAGGAAAUUUCGGAACUUAAAGAAAAAAUUCUCGAACUUGAUAGUGAAAAAUCGGUCUUGAAUAGAAAUUUGUCGGAAGCUUUGGAAAAAUUGACCGGAAAUUCGGAAAUUGUGUCGAAUUUACAAGAAAAUGUCGAGAUUUAUGAAAAAGAAGUUUCGGUACUUAAAGAAAAAAUUCUCGAAAUUGAAAGUGAAAAAUCGACGUUGAAUAGUAAUUUAUCUGAAGCUUUGGAGAAAUUAACCGUAAAUUCAAAAAUUGUGUCCAACUUCGAGGAAAAUGUUGAUGUUCAUAAAAAGGAGAUUUCGGAACUAAAGGAAAAAAUUCUCGAACUUGAAAGUCAAAAAUCGAGUGUAAAUACAAAUUUGUCGGAAGUUAUGGGAAAAUUGACGACUUAUGAAGAAACAUCAAACAAAAUGGAAAACGAACGAGAAUCAAAAUUAAAGGAGAUUGAAAUGGAAAAUUCUCAACUUAAGUCUCAAAUUUCUGAAGUGGAAAAGAAAAUCACGGAUUUAAAAACAAAAAUCGAUGAAAGUGAGCGGGAGAAAGGAGAAAAAGACCAAGAAAUAAGAGAAAAAGAUCUGGCAUUAAAAGAAAAGGAACGGGAAUUAAAAGAAAAGGAACAAGAAUUUCAAGAAAAAGAACAAGAGUUAAUAGAAAAAGACGUGAAUUUAAAAGAAAAACAACAACUAAUCGACGAAACUGAAGAAAAAUUACAAAUACUCAUGGAAAAGUCGAAAGAACUCGAACAUUUGAAUUCGGAACUAAAAUCAAAACUCUCCGAGGCAACAGAAGCAAUAAAAAAUUACAUAGAAACAAUUGAAUCAUUAAAAGUGCAAACAACAUCAGAUAAAAAUUCUCUCGAUUCAAAAAUCAAAGAGCUCGAGGAGAAUAAUAACGAAUUGAAAAUUCAUUUAGAAUCCAACAAUCUCGAAAUAAAAACCCUCGAAUUUAAAAUCAAAGAACUCGAUGAAGAAAAUACGGAACUGAAAAUUCAAUUAGAAUCAAAUAAUCCAAUAGAAACAAGUUUCUGCGCAAUUGAUACACGUCUCGAGGAAAAAGAUGCCGAAAUCUCACAAUUAACUCUACGCAUCAAAGAACUUGGCGACGAGAAUUUCGAAUUAAAAUCACGAAUAGAAGAUGUUGAGGAAAAAUUGAAAUCUUAUCAAAAUUCUCUAAGUUCCCUAAACAUUGAUAACGAGCGUCUAACGACAGAAUUAAAAGAAAAAGAAAUGGAUCUCUCACAUUUGAAGAUACGUUACAAGGAAUUGGAGAAUAUGAACAAUAGUUUUGCAAAAUCAAAUCAACAAUCAAUGAACAAUACAAACGAUGAAACAUACAACGAAGCUGGUGAGGAAUUUGUCAGAAAUUAUUUAGCCGCCAGUGAUGUAAUUCAAAAGGGUCUCGAGAAUUUUGAAAAGAAAACUCUAGUAUUUCCCGAUGAGCAAAAAACAUUUAUCGAAGGCCUCGAGAAAAGUCAUUUAACACGAAGUAUUUUACAUGCAUCCAAUAAAAUGUCAACACCAACGAAAAUGGAAUUAUCAAUUAAUUGUGAAACACCAAAAAGUAUCGGAAAAUCCUACAAUGAGAAUAACGAUUCCACCAGUAUUUUUAACAAUGACAGUUAUUUCAAUAAAAUGGAAAUUGACGAAACAAUUGACGACUGUCAGGAAAUUGCCCAACAACCAAUUAAUGAAACACAAGAUUUCACCGCUCCUUCAAUGAUGAUAAACAUUUUAAAAUCAAACGAUCUACCAACACUCAAGAGACGUGUCAAGGAUCUAGAAUCUCAAAAUGAGAAUUUAAAUUCCCUCUAUAAUGAUUUAAUGAAACAAAUAACGGAAAAUAAUGGCGAGGAAUUGACACAAAAAAUUGACGAUUUCAAGAAUGUGAAAAUUUCUCUUGAAAUUGAAAAUUCAAGACUAAGGGACGAGGUUCAAGGGAAAAUUCAAGAGGCCGAGGAAAUUAAGAGCGGAAUUCAAGGAUUGAAAAUGGAUAUUGAACAACUUCAGCAAACAAUUUAUUUACUGAACACGGAGAAUGUGGAACUCGUUGGAAAAUUAAAUGCCGAGAAAGUGAAAAAUCAAGAGAUUGAAUACGAGAGAAUGGAAAAUUUAAAAACCGAGAAUAAAGAAUUAAUUGGUAAGGUGAAAGAAUUAGAGGAGAUAAAGGAUUGUAUUGAAUACGAUCAUGAAUGUAUUUUUAAGGAGAAAAAUAAACUUCUUCAAGAGCAGAAUGAUUCGUUACAAAAUGAAAUUACUGAUUUAUCGGACGAUCUCAUGAAGCAUAUCGACGACUGUGAGACAAUUAAAAAUCAACUCGAUGAUGCUUUGAAAAAAUUGGAGUUCCACGAAAAAACUACUGAUACGACUGAAAAUAUUAAAAAGAAACAUCUGCAAGACGAACUUAUUGAAGAAGUAACUUCCAACAUAUCGUUAAUUUGCGAUCAACUCGACAAGAGUAUUGAAAAUCAAAAAACUCGUCUCAAUAAUUCGUGGAAAAUGGAACUAAACGAAAAAAUCAAACAACAAGAGGAGGAGAUUCAACAUCUAACAAUAAUGAACGAAAAAUUGAGUGAAUUAAAAUUAACCGCUUGUACACAAUGCUCACAUCUUAAGGAAUUAAACGAAAAUAAAAGAGCCCUGAAACUUGAGGUGAAAUGUCUAAAUAAUAAACUCGAAGAAUUGCAAACACGUUUUCAGGAGAAAUGCAUUAGUGUCGAGGCAUUGAGAAUUAAGGCAAAUGAAGAAUUAAAUGUGAGUUUUAAUCUAAAUGAAAGUGUAACUGAAAUAAUGAGUGUCACACUAAUGGAGGAGAAUAUUCGUCAUCUCAGCAAUGAAAAAGAGGAACUCAAAGAGGAAUACGAGAAAUUAACAGUUCUCUAUCAGGACAAAUGUUCCGAUUUGGAAACACUUCAGGAGCAAAAGAUUAACACAAUUUCACCAUCAACGAGUCCCGGUGGAAAGCGAGAGAGACUCAAAAAAGUCGAAUCGUCGAUAAAAGCAUUUGGCGAUGAUCUCGAGGAGCAUAGAAAAAAACUCGCCAAUGUUAAUUCUGAAUUGGAAAAAUAUCGAGAACUCGAGGAGAAAUUAAAAACUACCCAAGAAAUUUUAAUCGAAACUCAAGAAAAUUUGCGAAUUAGUCAAGAAGCACUGAAAGAAAAUUCAUCCACAGCCGAGGAGAAGAUAAAACUUCUUGAAAAGGAAAUUUCCCUUCUAUACAAAAACAUCGAGGAGCAUAAAGAAACGGAAAUAAUGCUCCAAACUGAGAAAUUGAAUUUAGAAGUUAAUCUGCAAAUUUCCCAAAGUGAAGCAGAGAAAAAAUUACAGACACUAGAGAAUAUUCUCGAGGAAAGAAAUUCAAACCUCCGGGAAUAUGAAGAAAUGAACAAAACCCUAGAAUCAAGAAUCAAGGAAACAGAACAUAAAAUUGAGGACAAUGAGAAGAAAAUUCGAGAAUUGGUUUCAAAUCUCGAAAAUAUGAAAGAAGAAAAACUCAAUAGGGAAAAGAAUGAAAGCAGAGAAACGGAAAUCAAUGAAUUGUACGAGGCGAAAAAAUUAAUCAUCAAAGAGACAAUGUCCAUGACGGCGAAAAUUGAGGUCUCAUCAAAAACGGCAAGUGAAUUAUUCGAAAACUUUUUGAAUACAAUUCUCUCCAAGGAGCACGAAGUGAUACAAGCAAUAAAGGAGAAUUUCGAGCAAGAAAAACGUAAACUAAUUGACGAGAAACAACAGAGUGACGACAAGGAAAAACGCGUCAGCACUUGGGCAAAAUCCCUUGAGAACGACAUCGAAAGACUACAAACCGAUUUCACUGAGAUUGAAACAAAAAAUCAUCAAUUACAAAAACAACUCGAAAUCAUCGAACAGGAGAAUCAAACUCUUCGUGAAAAAUUCCAAGUACUUCAAAACGAUUACAAUCAAUUACAAAACGAUUACGACACGAAAUUUGAUGUCAGUUUACGAGAAAGUGAAAAUAUUGAUGAAAAAAUUCAAAGUGAGGUAAAAAUCCACGAAAUAGAAUUUAAAAAUCGCCUGAAGCAACAAAAGGAGGAUUAUAAUAAAAAAUUGGAAGAAUUAACUCUGUGUAUAAAAAAUCUCGAAACCGUAAAUAUCGAUCUUAGUGGUAAUGUCGAAGGCCUGGAGGCAAAUGAAAAACAGCUGAAAAAUAUUGUCGAGAUGAAAACAAAAGAUCUUGGGAAACAGAAUCAAUUGGUAAAGGAAUUACAUUCCGAGGUGGAGAAAAUAACAAUCGUCAAUAAUCUCCAACUUGGUGAAAUUAACGAGAAAAAUGAACGAAUCGAACAAAUAACGCUUCUACUCAAGGAAAAAUGUGACACUCUCUCCGAAUAUAAAACAAAGCUCGAGAAUCUAAUGCCCGAGUACAAUCAUCUAAAGACCCAAAUUGAAGAACGACGGGAAAUAGUACAGAAAUUUAGGGAAGAAAACGAAAAUCUAAAACUACAACACAUGGAAGAAUUGAACAAUCUACGUGAUCAAGUUCAAGAGAACGAAAUCAAAAAUCUCAGUUUUGUGAAACAAUUCGAGGAGCUGAAUAAAAGAAAUUCGGAGACUUAUCAAGAACUCGAGGGAAUGAGACAAAAGCACCAGGAAAUGGAAAUCUCCUACGAUAAAUUAAUGCGAAAAGUACGUAAUUCAACGAAUAAACAUCGUGCCGAGCAGGAAAUUCAAGAUAUUAUGGAUAAGAAUCGUACACUUGAGAAAAAUCUCGAGGGUGCAUCGAAUCGAAUCAAAGAACUUAUGGACGCAAAAGCAAAGGCAAUGAAAGACCUCCUCGAUCUAAAGAAUCUUAACGAAAUAAUAAAAACCGAAAACGAGGAAUUAAAAACCCUCCAUACACGCAAUAAUUCCCUCUUUGAAUUACGUGGUAAAUAUGAAGAACUCCUACAGGAGAAGAAUACAAUAAAACUUGAACUUGAAGAAAAAAAAUUAAUUCUCAUCCAACUUGAGAAGAACAACCAGGAAAUUUCUCAAGAACUCACAAAAUUACGUUCAACAAAUGAAGAAUUGGACAAAGAGGCCGAUGAAUUAGCGAAGAAAAUUGAGGAGAAUGAAAGUGAGAUUGGAAAAUUAGAGGAUGAAAAUUUCUAUCUACAGGAGAGGACAAAACAUGAGAUUGAUGAAUUAAAGGCAAAAUUGAAACAACAAUUACAAACAAAUACUGAUUUACGUGCUGAUAUUGAAUUGAAACGUACGACAAUUAUCACCGCACAAAAUGAUAAUGACGAAUUAAAAUGUAAAAUUAAUGAAUUAGAGAAUAGAAUUGAAGCAAUGAGUACGGCAAGUUCAAGAAGUACGAGUCCAAUGCUUGAUUUUGAUAAGAGACGAAAAAGAAGGAGUGAUUUAUUCAAUAAGAAUCGUCAUCUAGAUGAAUUUAGUAGUGAUUCUGGUGUUUCGUCAAAUUGUCAAUGUUCGGAUUUAAGAAAAAGUCUUUCUGAAUUGGGUCGUGAGAUUGCAAUGAAAAAUGCGGUUAUCGAUACACUCAAUAUACAAAUUCGAAGUGAAAUUUUCCCCUAUGAGAAGAAAUGCCAGGAUUUACAGGAGGAAAUGGCCCUAUUGAGGAAUAAGUGUCGUAAAUUACAAGAGGAGGUCUAUAGUCUUAGGAAGAAAAUUAUGGACAUGAGUUCGAAAGAAUGCGAAGUUUGCAAUAAAUGGCGUCAAAACCAAAGACAUCAAGAGGUGCAGUGUGUAAUUGAAGAGAAAAUAUAUCUCAGUGGACGAAGCAGUGGAAUUGUUGAAGACUAUCAACGACAAGAGAAACUCGAGAGAGAUAAUAAAUUAUUGGAGCAAAAAAUAAAGAAAAUCGAGAACGAAAAGGAUUUAAUGAAAAAAUUAUGCCGCAGUCGUAAUGCUAAAAUAAAAGAACUCGAAUUACAAAUAGAAAAUCCACAAAAAAUUACGUAAAA